ACCCCCUUCGGUUCCCGUUCUCGAUUCCCUAUAUAUACAUGCGUCGCCGACCGAUCGAUUGAUCUCUCCAACAACAACGACCCACCGAGAAGAAGUACUAGUAGCAGGCUCGUAUUCUUCGUCUUCGUCUCCGGCGGCGGCGGCAGUCAUGGAUCGGGAGCUCGAGGAAGCCGAAGUGCUUUGGCCGGAUCGAGAUGUGAGCAACGGCGGACAGCAGCAGCAGCAGCGGCGCCGGUCGAUCGGCAAGCAGCAGGCCCAUGGCGACGCCGCGCGCGCGGGCGGCGCGUCGAGGCCCGUGGGGAUCCCUGCGGCGAUAAGGGCCCCGGCGACGGAGCAGACGGCAGCGUGGGCGCGGAGCUACUGCGGCGCCGAUGGAGAUGGGGCGGCGUCGGGGUCGGGGUCGUUCGUGCCGCCGCACGAGCUGAUGGCGGCGAGGCGGCGGUGCGCGGAGGCGGCGGCGUCGUCCGUGUGCGAGGGGCAGGGGCGCACGCUCAAGGGCCGGGACCUCCGCUCCGUCCGCAACGCCGUGCUCCGCAUGACCGGGUUCCUCGAGAGCUAGCUAGCUAGCAGCGGCGGGUGCUCGCCGGCGUCGCGUGCACUGCACCGGCCAGUAGAUUCCAACGGAGUUUUUGCGUGUCGGUUAAAUUAAUCGUGAUUUGCAGGCAGCGGGACUAACUAAUCCGCGGUUGCGGAAAGAACAGGCAUCGUCAGAUUGCGAAUGCAUAUCUGCACCUUGAGUCAGUGAUUGAAGAUUGUGUAAUGAGAUCGGCAGAGGCCGGGCUAAGUGUCUUUUUUUUUUGCCAAAUCGACCGAGAAUUUUGUAUUUAUCUAA